GGCCCCUUUAAUCACCCGCCCCGCCCAGCUUUCGCAAAGCGCAAAUAAUGCAAUGCAUGCGAGCGAGACAUCUAUACUUCUAUACACGCUCCUCCAUCGUCCGUCCGCUCGUUCGUUCCCUUACGUGCUAAGGCAUCAUGGCCAUGCAGCUGCACGCCGCGUCCCCGGACUCGGAAUACUACGUCGCCAAGUCCCCGCCGCCCCCGCCGCCUUUCUCCCCGCACCAGUCGCCGGCCCCGGCGGCCGUGAAGCCAAAGUCGCCGCAUGUCUCGCAGUCGCAGGGCGGCGGCCAAAGGGCGCCCGUUGCCACGGCGACGACGCCCCUCACGCCUAGCAGGGACAGGGCGCGCCAGGCGCACAACGUCGGCGGCGGCGACCAGGCGCAGGUGCUCAACGGGAUCGUCCUCGUGCUGCGCGCCGGCGCCGCGCUGCUGUCCUUCGUGGCCAUGGCGCUCGUCGCGUCCUGCCGCCACGGGGACUGGAUGGACUUCCUCCGCUACCAGGAGUACAGGUAUCUUCUCGGGGUGUCCGUGGUGGCGUUCGUGUACUCUGCGGCGCAGGCGUUGAAGAACUUCGGCCGGAUGCGCCGCGGCGACGCCCACGCGACCUUCCUUGAUUUCGCCGGCGACCAGGCGGUGGCGUAUCUGCUGGUCACGGCGUCGGCGGCGGCUCUCCCGAUCACGAUCCGCAUGAGGUCGGCGGUGGUCAACGUCUUCACGGACGCCAUCGCCGCGUCCAUCGUCCUGGGCUUCCUCGCCUUCGCGGCGCUCGCCCUGUCCGCCAUGCUCUCCAGACACGCGUAGCACGACUAGCUUAGCUAGCCAAGCCAGCAUGCAGUCGGCCCAUCGUGAGUCGUGACAUCCAUCCAUGGCUGUUGUAGAAGAAGAUUAGUUAAAUCCAGGAGAAAAACAAAGUUCGGAGUAAGCUCGUGAAUCCUCUUGUGUAGAAGAAAUUAGUUAGAUCCAAGAGCAAAAAGGAGAGGGAAAAGAACGAACAAAGUUCAGAGUUGCUCUUGGCAUCUGAAGAUCAGAUGUUUGCAUGACGACCCAAGUUGUCAAGAGAGCAUUUUCA